AUGACUAUGUAUCGCAACUUUUUCUUAACAAAGGAACAUCCUCAUUAUGAUCAUACAUCUCUUCUUCUAUAUGGGAUGUUUACUCCUUCGGCGGAAGAUUCCUAUUCACCUAUGGCAUUGCAUUCUGUUUCCGAGCUCAAGUGUGAGAAUAGGGUCAAAUUACAUUGGCCAUGGGUUCCGUAUUCUGAGCUAAAGCCACAUUAUGGUAGAAUAGAAGGCUUCGAUUUCCAUUCUGAUUAUAAUACUAUCGGUUCAGGUAGUGUUAAUGGAAUCCUUUGUCUAUGGAUGGCAUUUAACUCCUGCCCGGACAUGAAAAUUCUUAUAUUAUGGAAUCCAUCUAUUCAAGAGUAUAAGGUCAUUCCUAGCUCUUUUGAUAGUACUUGUCAUGUUAGUUACCGUGGAUUUGGUUACGACAGUCGCAGAGACGAUUACAAAGUGAUGUGCCAUAAAGAAGUUCAAGGCACUUAUAUAUGGGAGAUAUAUAGUCUAAGGACUAACUCUUGGAGAAUACUUGAUCUCAAUGUGCAUCACAUGUCACUUAACUGUUAUGGACAAUUGAACGUGGAUGGACUCUCUCAUUGGAUGUGUAAAAGUGUAACACAUAAUGAAAAAUAUCUCUUGUCAUUUGAUUGGAGCAAUGAGGUUUUUAUUACAACACCCAUGCCCUCAUACAUAGAAGAUAAAAAUCUUGAUUAUUGUUUAGUACCAAAAGAAUUGGUGCUAUUGAAUGGGUCUAUUGCUUUGAUCUUACAUUUUCUAGAGACAACUACAUUUCACAUUUUAGUUUUGGGUGAACUUAGAGUAAAAGAAUCAUGGACUAAAAUGUUUAUUGUAGGACCAAUCUCUUUCCAUAUGUAUCCCAUCGGAGCGGGAAGAAAUGGUGAUAUGGUGUUCUGCAAAAAAGACGGUCAAUUCAUUUUGUUCAAUUUAACUACCCAAUCCAUUGAGGAACUUAGCCUUAAAUCAAAGAGAUUUUGUAAGAUUCUGAUUCAUAGAGAAAACCUUAUUUCUUUUGAACAAAAGAGUAUUUAA